AAAUAAGAGGGUUUUUUCAUUUUUGCAUUUAAAGUCCAAACAUAGACAGUCGAAUCAAUUUAUUUUUGAAAUGGGAGCGUGGAGAAAAUAAAAACCAUCCCCCACUCUCUCAAGUGUGAUUUUGGAUAAAUACUGCACAUUCUCUCCUGUACGGAGAUUCGCCCCCACACGUUUCUCAUUUUCCGUUGAUUUUCUGGUUUUCUCCCAAGUCGUCAUCUUCCAAGAAACGCCGAGAAAGUACCGCAAAUUCCACAAGCUUCGCAAAAUCAAGCCGACACUUUACUGUUGUCUCGGAAAAAAUGGGAAGCGAUCCAACGGAUCAAAAGCAUCACCCCUCAACCCGGGACCAAGAACCCAGUUCUUCCGGACCCAGAUCCAAAGGAUCAAAAGUCUGCGCCGCGUGUAGCCACCAGCGGAGAAAAUGCGGCCCAAACUGCCCCUUAGCUCCUUACUUUCCGGCGAGCAAACGGCGAGAUUUCAUCAAUGCCCACAAACUGUUCGGCAUAAAGAACCUCACGAAAUCUCUGGCCAGCAUCGAUGAAGAAUACAGGGAUGAUUUCAUGCUGUCCGUAAUCUAUCAAGCCAAUGCCCGUGCCGCCGAUCCCGUUGGCGGCUGCCGCAAUACGAUCCGGACUCUGUACAGCCAGUUGCAAUGUGUCAUUUCGGAAUUGGAAGUUGUGAACCAGGAACUCGCGUUUUAUCGGUCCAAAUACGAAGACAUGAAACUGGCGACGGCAGCGGCCUUUGACCAGCAGGCGCAACCCGGGGAAGGGUUUUCCUGGUUGAAUUCAAGUCAAGUUUCUAGUCACACUCAAGAUUUAAGUAGGCAGGACACACAAUUGUCUUUACUCUAAUUGAUAAGUAAGAUUUUGAUGUUUGCAAUCUCAUAUAUACUCAUUAGCUUUUAGUAAGUUAUGUAUGCCCUUCUUUAAUCUUUUGUGAGAAAUUGUUAUCCUCAUUUUGAAAACAAGGAAACAUUUUCCUCUCAAUAAUAUUGCAUUUCUUCCAUUUU